GGAAAUGUUGGUGAUCAAGGUUUACAGGGCAAUCCAGGAAGUCAAGGUGAUACUGGUGCCACCGGUGUUUCUGGACAACCAGGUGCAGCAGGGUUUCCUGGACCUUCAGGACCAUCUGGUCAACCAGGUCUGGCUGGAACCACUGGGUCUACCGGAAUUCAAGGAGAAACAGGAUUGCCAGGCCCACAAGGAAUACAGGGGGAUCGUGGAUUACAAGGAUUGCCUGGAGAUACUGGAUCAACCGGUCAGACUGGUUUUACUGGAAACACUGGACCACAAGGAACUAAAGGUCAACUCGGAUUAAGUGGUUUAGUUGGUGCUACUGGUUUAUCAGGAUUUACUGGUCCUGUUGGUUUGAAAGGUGAUCCCGGACUACAGGGUGAUCAAGGAAGACAAGGUGCACCAGGAAAUCAAGGGACUCAAGGAGAUAGAGGUUUACAAGGCUUACCAGGACCAGCUGGUAUUUCUGGUAGCCCUGGUCAACAAGGUUAUACUGGAUCUACUGGAUUUACAGGUUUAUUUUUUCUUGUUAGAAUAUAA